AUGGAGGUUGCAUACCAUAUUCGUUUAACUGCGAUUUUGGAUGUGACACGUUUUCUUUUGAAGCAAGGCCUAGCUUUCCGUGGACAUGACGAGUCCUCGAGCUCAUUGAACAAGGGUAAUUUUCUUGAGUUGCUUGAGUGGUAUAGCCUACGAAAUGAAGAAGUUUGGAGGACAGUUAAUCAAAACGCCCCUGGAAAUAAUCAAAUGACUUCCCCAAAGGUUCAGAAGGAGUUAGCAAAUGCUUGUGCAGCGGAGAUUACACGUGUUAUUGUUGAUGAUAUUGGGGAUAAUUAUUUUUCCCUUUUGAUUGAUGAAGCUCGGGAUAUCUCAGUGAAAGAGCAAAUUGGAGUUAUUCUACGAUAUGUAAAUAAAGAUGGAUAUGUGAUAGAGCGAUUCCUUGCUAUGGUUCAUGUGCCCGACACUUUACGCCAUUUCUUUGAAGAAUCGAUUGUUAAUGUGACCGGAGCAUCGUGCAAAAGGAAAGACCAACUUCGGCAACAUCAUCAUGAUAGGUUGGUUGAGCAGUUAGAGAAAGAAAAGAUAGUCAGUGGCAGAGGAAAAAACCAAGAAUCGAGCUUAGCACGACCAGGGGAUACUCGUUGGGGAUCACAUUACACUACAAUUCUUCGACUAAUCUCUAUGUGGACUUCAGUGUUAGAGGUACUCCAAAAUGUGCAUGAUGAUGGUGCUUCUAAUGAUAAUAGAGGGAUAACAAAUGAAUUAUCACUUGCCUUACAACAAAAGGAUCAGAAUAUUGUUCAAGCCAUGCGUUUGAUUGAGGCUGUGAAAGCUCGGCUUCAAGGCUUAAGGGAGACUGGAUGGGAGGAAUUUAUGGAGGAGAAGCUACUUCGCCUUGCAGAGCUUUAUCCCGAAGAUUUUUCAAUGACUGAAUGCAUGAUGCUUGAGGAUCAACUUGCCACCUUCAUUUACGAUGUGCAGCAUGAUGAAGAUUUUACAAAUAUUAGGGACUUGGGAGAUUUUGCUAGGAAGAUGGUUGAGACAGAAAAACGUUUUAUUUUCCCGCUUGUUUAUCGCCUUAUUGAGUUAACAUUGGUUUUGCCAGUUGUGACAGCUAAUGUUGAGAGGGUGUUUUCGCAAUGA